AUGGUACAAACGCUUGCAAUGCCUGUGGCACCUUCUCUCUCAAUCAUCUCCAAUGGCCACUUCUCCAACAGACUUUCUCUCCCUAUCCUCAACACUCCCAAGCCAAAGGUUCAACGAUUAAGCAUCCAGUGCGUUCGUGUCGGCGGUGUUGAAAUUCCAAACAACAAACGAAUUGAAUUCUCGUUGCAGUACAUUCAUGGAGUUGGAAGGAGCCGAUCGAGACAGAUUCUAACUGAUAUCAAAAUGGAUAACAAAGUUACAAAGGAAUUGAGUGAGGAAGAGCUUAUUAUUCUUAGGCGUGAAGUUUCCAAAUACAUGAUUGAAGGAGAUUUGAAACGGUUCAAUGCGCUUAACAUUAAGAGGUUGAAGGAGAUUCAGUGUUAUAGAGGAAUAAGGCAUAUUCGGGGGCUUCCUUGUAGAGGACAGCGAACGAAGAACAAUUGCAGGACAUUGAAGGGUAAGAAGGUUACUGUUGCUGGCAAGAAGAAAAAGUAA